AGUUUGAGACUGAAUGCGCAGACACAGAAAAAAUCUUCAUCGAAAACGCAGCAAAUAAUAUUUUUAAAAAUUGUGCAUCUUUAUUACAGUAAUUUGCACUCUAAUCAAGUAGUAACAAAAGUUAAACGGUAUAAAGAUCAUCUAAAAGUGGAGUGAUAUUGAAAUUUAAAGUGAAAAGUGUCAAGUCAGUGUAAAUUUGUGAAAUCAAUAAUCUUGAAAAAAAUUUCAUAGUGAAAAAAAACGAAAAAGCUCAUAAAGAAAGAAAAUUAGAGAGCAAAGGAAAAGUCAUUGAAGAAAUUUCCAUUUUAAAAAGAUUAUAUAGUAGUUAACCGUCAUUAGAAUAAGUGCAAUAUAAAUUGAAGUUAUACAUAAAAAAAAUUAACAAUGUUCUCUGGAAUAACAAAUCAAGUAUCAUCCCUAUUCUCAAAGCAUAGUGAAGAACAUCCAGCAACAGCUCCUCAGUCAGUCGAAGAAGGACAACAACCACAAGAAACAGUUCCAGUUAUAGAAAGUGUUGAGAACAACAAUGUCGAAAAUGUCAGUGGGGAGAAACAAAGUCCAACUAAAGCAUCAGGUGGAAUGUUUUCAAAUGUAACUGGUAAAGUUUCUGGCUGGUUACCAUCAUCACUUCCAACUGUCUCAAUGCCAUCAGUUUCAAUGCCCACAAUGCCAACUGUAUCGAUGCCUACGAUGCCAUCAAUUCCUGGAUUAAGAAAAUCUCAUCCAGCUGACGCUGAAACAACUGAAUUAGCACCAGAACAGGCAGAAGAAGCUCAGCCGUCACAAAUUGCAAAUGAAAAGGAUGAUGAUGAUCGCUCAAGUGCUACAGGUGGCGCUGAUUCACGUCCAGUGUCUGAGAAAGGCUCUCCAACAGAAGAACAAUCUGGUGCAGUUGAGAAUGUAACACAUAAAGUAACUGCAGGAGCAAAAUCAUUUGGAUCUUUCUUAUCAGGUGUAGUCAAUAAGGCUGGAGAUAAAAUUAAAGAAACCGUGAAGCAUAAUCCUAUACUUGGAGAUUUUAAUAAGGAGCAAGAAGCAUUCAUUAAAGAUCAAUCAGGAAAAAAUACAGAAGCUGGAGUAUGUCCAUGGAUCGGCCAUAAAAAUGAAGAUAAAAUUAAGGACGAAGUUUUUAGCUUAUCAAGCGAUCGCCGAAACUUUGUUAGAGCCCCGCCCGCAGGCAGUGACUUUGAGUUCAACUACGAUACAUCAUACCCAACAGCAGUUGCACUGAUGGCUGAGGAUCCUUCUUUAGAAAAAAUGCGUUUCGAUCUCGUACCUAAAAUAAUCACAGAAGAAAAUUUCUGGCGUAACUACUUCUACCGUGUUUCACUCAUUGUUCAGGCUGGCGAAUUAGGAACAUUAGGAACAGACGAUGCGUUUGGAAAGCGUGAAGAUGAUGAUGACGUUACUGGCAAAAAAAGCCUUAAAGAAUCAUCGAAAAAAGAUUUGAAUAAUAUAAAAGUGAAAAGUGAAAUUACAUCAGAUAAAAAUGAGACAAAGAAUGAAAAAGAUGUGAAAGAUGUUCAAGAAAAACUAGGCAUGAAGACUGAUAAUAAUAAAUCACCUCAAGCAGAAAAGACAUCUGGCGAUGAAGAGGAAUGGGAGAAGAACUUGGCUGCUGAAGAUUUUGAAGUUGUUGACGACCAGAAUGUUGAUGAGUCGGAACUUGACAUGGAUCUUAAAUAAGAUGUAUAUUUGGAAUGCAGGCAAUAAUUUACUUAACAUUCCAAAAACAUAAAAAUUGUUUUCAUCAAUUGUAUUUAAAUAAACUACUAUUAUAUUACUGGCUAAACCUCAAGCAUUUUAUCUAGUGUUACUCCAGUGCAAAUAAUAUAAAGAAGGCAAUUUAAAAAUAAAAUGACUAUCCAAAAUUUAAUUAUAACAUUACUCAUAAG